AUGAUUAAAUUAGUAUGUACUCUUGUUAUUCAAUUCAUUAGUUGUAGUAGAAGGCAAUGUUGUGGUCACCAUCACUGUUUAGAUAAUCAGCCAAUUUUAGUUAGGGCUUAUGAAUUGCCAUCUAAAAGUCAAGUAGGGAGAACAGAUUGUUUUGAAGGCCGAAAUUUUAAAGAUUAUAUGGAUUCUACUUCAAGUUGGAACUUUGGUGUAUUUUUCAUGAAAACAAUAAAUUCAACAAAUGAAAAAAUAUUUAAUGCUGGAGAAAUUUUAAAAAUUAUAUGGGAUACAAUUGGUGGGCGUGAUAAAUCCAAAUUGGCCCUAUUUGUUGCUUCCAGCCUUCAUAAUACUUCUAAUUAUAAGGUAUUUGAAGAAGCGGAUAAUUCGUCGGAUCGAUAUAAGUCGAGGGGAUUGUUAAUGAUUCGAGGAAAGGAAAAUUACAAAUUAUUAAGCCAUUUAUCUGCAACAAAACAUGAUUACAUGUGUGACCCAAAAAGGCUUUCUUCCGUUAAUGAAUUUGCAAUACGUGAUACUAUUGAAUUUUGGGAGUAUAAAAUGGAGCAUAAUUAUACUUUUAACAAUAUGAUGAAGUCAUUUAAAAUAAAAAAUUGGAUGGAAAAUAGGUGGGAGACACCCGAUAUUAAGAACUGGAGAGAAAUGUAUGAAAAGCUGAAACUUGUAUAUUUUAAUGAAUAA